AUGCGCCUCAAAUCUCAUGUGCUCUUUCACAGAGGAUAUAGGGACCACAGAACUCUCUGCCACAAGGCCCAAGAUUACCCACGUGCCUCGUGGUCCCGCCGUGUCCCUGGUCAGUGGACACUGGCUGUACCUGGGACGUUUGACUUUGCUGGCACUAUUGUCAUGGCGUCUAACAGCAUCUUUGACUCCUUCUCCAACUACAGCAGCAGUCUUCUCAGAGAGCCGCCCACCACCAGACGGUUCACGCCGCCCUCCACGUCCUUUCCCUGCAGUAAGAUUGGAGACGCAAACGGGACCAUGGCCGCCCCAGGAUCACUGAGGUCGAGACAAGACACGAGAAAUGUGGUGGACGUCCUCGCAGACCACGCCGGGGAACUGGUGCGGACUGACAGCCCCAACUUCCUCUGCUCAGUCCUACCGUCUCACUGGAGGUGCAACAAAACUCUCCCCGUGGCGUUCAAGGUGGUGGCUCUCGGGGACGUGCCCGAUGGGACGCUGGUCACCGUGAUGGCUGGAAACGAUGAAAACUACUCUGCCGAGCUGAGGAACGCCUCCGCCGUGAUGAAGAACCAAGUGGCCCGCUUCAAUGAUCUAAGAUUUGUAGGCAGGAGCGGCAGAGGAAAGAGCUUUACCCUGACCAUCACUGUGUUUACUGGGCCACCGCAAGUCGCCACGUACCACCGCGCCAUUAAGGUCACCGUGGACGGACCUCGUGAGCCGCGCAGACACCGAGUCAAAAUGGAGGAUCCUCAAAAGAUGCAAUUCUCAGACAGGCUGUCUGAGAUUGAGCGUUAUCAGCGAUCUAUGAGGAUAGGCUCAGUGAACAAUAACCGGUCCAUCCAUCAAAGCCACCUCGGCCCCCCACAAGCCACUCUCUGGCAAGAACAAAUGGAUACUCCAGCUCUCAAGACGUGUAAGGUAGAAGAGGAUCUGAGACCGUGGCCAGGUACUACGGAUAUCUUUCAACAGAGGACCACCUUCCCAUCGUUGUCACCACUGACUGACCCGCGCUUUUCAGAUCCACGUAUGCACUACCCAGGGGCCUUUCCCUACUCCACAAACACAUCAAGUACGGGUAUCGGUGGCCUAAGCAUGCCAGCCUCUUCUCGCUACCACACCUAUCUGCCACCGCCGUACUCAAAUAAUCAGACCCAAAACUUCCAGUCCAACUCGUACCUUUACUACGGUACUGGCUCUGGCUCCUAUCAGUUCUCCAUGGUGGCACCAGGAAAUACUGGGGGUGAACGGUCUCCCACUCGUCUGCUGUCCUGCUCAGGGGCCGUGGGCACUGGAGGGGGCAACAGCCUGAUGAACCCAGGACUGACCAGUCAAAGUGAAGGAGUAGAGGCAGACGGCAGCCAUAGCAACUCCCCCACAGCCAUGAGCGCAUCAGGGCGCCUCGACGAGUCUGUCUGGAGGCCUUACUGA